AUGAUGUUUGGGAAGAGUUUCCCGUUCUAUAAUUCUCUCGGCGGGUUUUAUCCACAGAGUCUAGAUACGAGAAAGCCUCCUGGUACUGGUUACACCAGCAAAGUACGUGUGCGCGAUAGGUACCACAUCGUGGGAUUUAUCAGCAGCGGGACCUAUGGCCGUGUCUAUAAGGCCCUGGGCAAAAAUGGCCAGAAAGGGGAAUUCGCAAUCAAAAAGUUCAAGCCGGAUAAAGAAGGCGAAAUAGUCCAGUAUACCGGUCUCUCACAAUCGGCCAUCCGGGAAAUGGCCUUGUGCUCAGAACUCGACCAUCCCAAUGUAGUGCAGUUGGCUGAGAUCAUCCUAGAGGACAAAUGUAUCUUCAUGGUCUUUGAGUACACUGAGCAUGACCUUUUGCAAAUCAUUCACCAUCACACCCAACCGCAGAGACAUGCUAUUCCCGCGCUGAUGGUCAGGUCGAUCUUAUUCCAGCUGCUUAACGGCUUGCUCUACCUGCAUACCAACUGGGUAUUGCAUCGGGACCUUAAACCAGCUAAUAUCUUGGUAACCUCAAGCGGCGCUAUUCGCAUCGGCGAUUUGGGACUUGCCCGUCUGUUCUACAAACCUCUCAACUCUCUUUUCUCCGGAGACAAGGUCGUCGUCACCAUCUGGUACCGUGCACCUGAGCUUUUGAUGGGUAGCCGACACUACACACCGGCUGUUGACUUGUGGGCUGUCGGAUGCAUUUUCGCCGAGCUACUUUCUCUGCGGCCCAUUUUCAAGGGCGAGGAGGCCAAGAUGGACAGCAAGAAGACAGUGCCAUUUCAGCGCAAUCAAAUGGUUAAGAUCAUCGACAUCAUGGGACUGCCAACCAAGGAGAUCUGGCCAGGCCUAGUGUCCAUGCCCGAAUAUUCCCAGCUCCAGUCAUUGGCAAUGUCACGCGCUCCCGGGCACUUUAACAGAUCGUCAAAUCUGGAAGUCUGGUAUCAGAACUGUCUGAAGAGCAACGGAUACUCCGCCAACUCGAGUGCCGGCACACCGGGUGCAGAUGGCUUCGAUCUGCUGUCACGCCUGCUUGAGUACGAUCCUACCAAGAGAAUAACCGCCCAAGAAGCCCUCGAGCAUCCAUACUUCAAGAACGGGGGCCCCAUUUCGGCCAAUUGCUUCGAGGGAUUCGAGGGUAAAUAUCCCCAUCGCCGUGUGACACAGGAUGACAACGAUAUCCGUUCCGGUAGCUUACCUGGCACGAAGCGGAGUGGGCUGCCAGAUGAUAGUCUGUUGGGAAGGGCAACUAAGCGUCUGAAAGAGUGA